GACCAUUUCGCGCUCACUCGGUCCAGGCGUAGAGUCUCCGGUUCUGUAAGUCUGAGGUGUUCGGCUUGGGCUAACACAGCUAGCUUCCGGCUGCGUCCUGAUUCUCUCACCCUGAGUUACUGCUGCACUGGAUCUGUUUAUCCCUCCACAUCUUAUUUCCGCUAAACCGUUCUUAUUAUUUUAUUCUCUAUUCAUUUGUUUCGGUGUCAGAACUCGUUUAUUUAUUCAUUUAUUUAUUUGCUUUAGCCUCUCAUGUCUUCUGCAUAGAAGCUAAGCUAACAGCUGUCGACUAACAGCUGUGUGUGUCUGGAAAUGUAUUGAUAUCCUUUAGAAGACCUGCAUUGUCCUCACAAGGAUAGGGGGAUUUUUAUAGACAGUUAGCUGGUUUCUGCGAGAAAGAUCUGUAAAAAACAAAAACCCUCGGAUAUUAAGUUUGAAGGGUGUAGGUGUAAAUGGACCUUUUAAAUAGACACAUUAAUAAUCGUCAAUAAAAGGUCCUUAGAAGUAUACUAAGACAGCCCUGUGUGUGUGUGUGUGUUUGUUUGUGUUUGUGUGUGUGUGUGUGUGUGUUUGUGUGUGUGUGUAAGGGCUAAUUUUUGUUAAUUUAUUUCUAAAUUUAAUGCCACAUGUAAUCAAGAAAUAUGUAGAAAUAUGUGCUUGGCCUCACACCCCCUUUUUCCUUAAUAGCAUAUUCACGUUACAGUUCGAGUCACGUUUACACUUUAAUCGCACAUAAAGGAAAUCCACGAUGAUGCAGAACUCCCUCGACACUUACAAAUACAAUGCAGAAAUGUAGUAACGAUGACUAAAUGUGAACAAAGCCCGCUGGUGGGCUUUUACAUAACGCUUCUAUUGAAGAAUUGUUUUCUUUAUGUGAAUAAAUGUUUUUAGGCCGCUGAACUGAUGGCAUAAGCAAAUUUUUAUCUAAGUGAUUAAAUGUUUAGAGACUGUGCAGCAUUUUGUUACCGAAUUCAUCUGUGGUUGUAUUGAGAUCAUCUCGUACAGGGUGACGAGCAGUAACAUGUCGCCAGGACCUGUGUUGUGCAGCGAUGGACCAGAACUACGAGCGGCGGCUACUGCGACAAAUCAAUAUUCAGAAUGCCAACGCCAGCCCCAUCAAAGCUACAGAGGUGAUGUGUGCACUGACCCCCAUUAACUCUCCUCUCUCCUCACCGAGUAAACACGGAGAUCGCUUCAUCCCGUCUCGCGCCGGCGCCAACUGGAGCGUCAACUUCCACCGCAUAAACGAGAAUGAGAAGUCGCACAAUCAGAACAGAAAGACAAAAGACGGCACAUCAGACAGCAGUAAAGCAGAUGGCCUGGCUUACUGUGCGCUGCUAAAGAAUGAGCUGCUGGGAGCAGGCAUCGAGAAGGUGCAGGACCCUCAGACGGAGGACAGGCGCCUGCAGCCUUCGACACCUGAGAAGACAAGUCUGUUUAGUUAUUCCCUAAGUGCUAAGCGUGCACUCCCUGAUGAUGGCAACAGCGUCUCUCCAUACUCACUCUCGCCCGUCAGCAGUAACAGUCAGAAGCUGUUGCAAUCACCACGGAAGCCCAUGCGCAAGAUUUCCAAAAUUCCCUUUAAGGUGCUGGACGCCCCUGAGCUGCAGGACGACUUUUACCUCAACCUGGUGGACUGGUCAUCAUUAAACGUGCUCAGCGUCGGCCUCGGUACCUGCGUGUACCUGUGGAGUGCCUGCACUAGCCAGGUGACACGGCUUUGUGAUCUGUCAGUAGAAGGCGACUCGGUCACGUCAGUGGGUUGGUCAGAGAGAGGAAACUUGGUGGCAGUGGGCACUCAUAAAGGCUUUGUACAGAUUUGGGAUGCAGCUGCAGGGAAGAAGCUGUCGGUAUUAGAAGGCCACACAGCCAGAGUUGGAGCAUUAGCAUGGAAUGUGGACCAGCUGUCUUCAGGCAGCAGAGACCGCUUAAUCCUACAACGUGAUAUUCGAGCUCCUCCGCUGCAGUCCGAGCGCAGGUUACAGGGCCACAGACAGGAAGUGUGCGGCCUCAAGUGGAGCACUGAUCACCAGCUGCUUGCCUCCGGUGGCAAUGACAAUAAGCUGCUGGUGUGGAAUCACUCCAGCGUCUUACCCAUGCAGCAAUACACCGAGCACUCAGCAGCGGUGAAAGCCAUCUCUUGGUCUCCUCAUCAGCAUGGCCUGCUGGCAUCAGGGGGGGGCACCGCUGACCGCUGCAUUCGCUUCUGGAACACACUGACAGGACAGCCACUGCAAUGCACAGACACGGGCUCGCAGGUCUGCAACCUGGCAUGGUCCAAACACACUAACGAACUGGUCAGCACACAUGGUUACUCUCAGAAUCAGAUCCUGGUGUGGAAGUACCCUUCUCUGACACAGGUUGCCAAACUCACUGGCCACUCCUACAGAGUCCUCUAUUUGGCCAUGUCUCCAGAUGGAGAGGCCAUAGUCACAGGAGCAGGAGACGAGACUCUACGCUUCUGGAACGUCUUCAGCAAAACCAGAUCUACCAAGGAAUCAAUAUCUGUGUUGAACCUCUUCACAAGGAUCCGAUAAUAUUUGUGCACAUCCAGAGGUUCUUGCAUUUAGGACUUCUAUACACUGAUUAUUAAGAUGACAGUCUAUGUGACUGAUGGACACUUCUAGGCAUAGCCUCCUUUCUGUGGGUUUGUGAAGAAGACAAGUGAAAUGUGGGACUUGCGUGCUUUUCCAUUUGACUUGAGUGACAAAAGCAUGUAUUACUGCCAAAAGUCAGUGUGAAUGUUUAACCGCUGGUUUGUAAAAGUUUUUAUUUGAACCAUUAUGCUGGGGUUUUUUUGUGCGUGUGUUUGUGCCAUUUGAGCUUUGGGUCCAUCAGCCUUAAAUGCAGUGUUGAAAUAACUACAGUUGGAUAAUGGUAGGCCUUUGCAGCUUUUAAAAGGAUCAGACCAUGUACAUCAUUUAGACAUAUCAGAGAAGCUAUUUAAUUUUUUCUACAUGUUUAAUCAGUCACAUAUAUAUUAUGUGUACAGUAGCAGAUAUUCCAUUGUAAAUCCUGAUUUUAAGCAUCAAACUACAGCAGAGGUCACUUUUCCAUGCCUUUCGAACAAGAAUGCAGUGUUGACUACCAUAAUUACCAUUCUUCUGAAACCACUUACUAUUUAUAAUUUUGAAAUCGAAAUUCCAGUGGUGUAAAAGAAAAAAAAUACUAUUUGGCACUUAUUUUAUUCUGAGAUUUUUUAUUUAUUUUUUUGUCAUAUUUUUCCCCCUUGUUUUUUUUUUUUCCACCUCUCAUGGUGAAAAUGAUGUGUUGUAUCAGUAAGAAUGAUUGCUAUUUAUUUAAUGUGUGACUGCGGUGACUUGUCGAAAAGCUGAUCACUUCUAUGUUGAAAAAUGGGUGCUCGUUUUUAAUUUUGCCAUUCGCAAUCAUGUAAAAUACGUUGUCCUUUUCAUUACAGCUUCAAGAAUGUUUAAGAAUAUACAUUAAGGAAAAAAGUGUACAUUUUCUCAUUGAAAAUGAAUAAAACUAAGUGUUCUAUGGUUCA